GUUGGCCUUAUGUUGGCAGAGCCAGCGACUGAAUCUCAGCGCACAUCCCGUGGAGGACUACAGGAGCGAGACGGCCCGCCGCCGGCGGAAUCGAACGCGGCGGCGCCCCCUCUACGCCCUCCUGAGGCCCUGAGCCAGUCGGCGCGUGCCCCACCGAGCUUCGCCGCCCCGCGCCGCGACGCCGACCACUGAAUCACUGAUGACCUGAUCAGACCAGAUCAGGGGGGAAAGGUAAAAUUUUAGGGGCCCUAGAUACUCCUGACUGCUAGUAAGGCCUCAGUCUUGAUGACGAUGCCCGGAUUCUGCCCGUCAAUGGCGGCUCCAUCUGCCGGCCACCCUCCCAUCUGCCUCGCCGACGCUUCAGGGGCAGCGGGAUCCCAAGACAUGCUGCGGCCACGUCUGGUGCUCUUCGGCGACUCCAUCACCGAGCAGUCCUUCCGCCCCGGCGGGUGGGGAGCGGCCCUCGCCAACACCUACUCCCGCAAGGCUGAUGUUGUUGUCAGAGGCUAUGGUGGGUACAACUCAAGAUGGGCCCUGUUCCUGAUCCAGCGCAUUUUCCCCCUGGUUGGGUUACCACCUGUUGCGACGACUAUUUUCUUUGGCGCUAAUGAUGCAGCGCUUCCAGGACGAACAAGUCAGCGGCAACAUGUUCCGGUUGAGGAGUAUAGACAGAAUCUCAAAACAAUUGUUAAUCAUCUGAAGGAUUGUUCCAAGUCCAUGGUAAUUUUGCUUAUCACUCCACCUCCUAUUGAUGAAGAUGGAAGAGAAAGAUAUGCACGAUCGCUAUAUGGAGAAGAUGCGAGAAGGCUCCCUGAAAGGACAAAUGAAAUGGUUGGUGUCUAUGCAGGUCAAUGCAUAGAACUAGCCAAAGAAAUGGAUGUUCACUGCAUUGAUAUUUGGUCAAAGAUGCAAGCAGCUGAAGGUUGGCAGAAACUUUACUUAAGUGAUGGACUGCAUCUGACGCCGGAAGGAAACGCCCUGGUCCACAAGGAGGUCGUGCAGGCCUUGAGAGGAGCUGGUCUGAAACCUGAAGAUAUGCCGCACGACUUCCCUCAUCAUUCCAAAAUCGAUGGAAUUCACCCAGAAAAGGCCUUCCAGUGAGGUGAUUUCAGGCAGUGCGAUGUUAAAGCUUGAGCCGCGUGCUUCUCAUGUCUGGAGGUUUUGCUUUCCUCACGUUUCACUUUCUACCUUGUUGUGGAUUGUGAAAUUUCUGUGUCCAUUUUUACCCCUUCGAAAUAGUUGGGUACAUUGCUGUGGUAUAUACUUUGCAGUGAAAUUAUUGAUUUCGGGCUGUGGGCUGUUUAACUUUCAACUGCCUGCCUGCCUCCCAUGUCA